UCUCAUUUGUGUAAGAGGUCUGUCCAAGCAAAAUAAAUAAAUAAUUUUUAUAUAAACAAGAAUAAAAAGGCUGCUUUCUCAAUCAAUUUCUUAUUUUUGUCAGUGAUCUAAACAAAAUAAGAUCUUCUAUACAAAUAAGCCACCUCUUUCUUUCUUUGUCAGAAACUCAUCUCUCUCUCUCUCUUUCUCACACAAGUAGCAGAGUAGUUUAGUAUAUUUCCCCAAAUCAGUUGGAGAAGUUGCAGAUAUCAAUUUUUUCUGACAGAAUCAUCAGAUCCUUACACAAAAAGGUCUGGUGGGUCAAUAUUUGGUUUAAGCAUCAAAUUAUUCCCGGUUAAAUGAUACGGAGUAUGGGAAUAAGUAACCCAGCUUUUCCUGCUAUACUUGGAUUUUUAUAGCUUCAGAAUCAUACAAUAAUUUUUUGAAUUAAAAAUAAAAAAAUAAAAAAAAUCAAGAGUUCAAUGAUGGCAACAUACUUUCAUGGAGGUUCAGAAAUCCAAGCAGCAGGAGGAGAUCAUAACCUCCAAACACUUUACCUAAUGAACCCUAACUUCAUAUCUGCCUAUUCUGAAGCACAAACUCCACCCAACAUGCUCUUUCUCAACCCUCCCAACGCUCUCUCCCAGGGUAACCUCUCUCACGCGCCUCCUUCCCAACAACAGCAGUUCAUCGGGAUCCCCCUUAGUGCUGCUGGGGGACCCCAUCCCUCGGAUGAUCAUAGCCGUCCAUCCCCAUCCUCCUCAGGUUCACAACAACUGCAACACCAACACCAUCACCAUCACCACAAUCAGAUCCCUGCUGCUUUGCAUGGUGUAUCAGUUUCUAGAGUUCAUCCCAAUCUCUGGAGCCCAAACCAUCCAGGUCCAAUCCAAUCCACUGCAUCUGGGCCAGAUAUGGCGGAACAGAUGGGCUUCCGCAGACCCAUGACGGCCCAGGGUUUGUCCUUGAGCCUCUCUCCUGGUCAGCAGCAGAAUCAGAGUCAGGUGACACUGGCUGGAGUGUCCUCCACGUCCUUAGCAGCGUCAAGUGGAGUCAUAUUUGGGUCCAAAUACUUGAAAGCGGCCCAAGAGGUACUGGAGGAAGUGGUGAAUGUUGGAACUAAUAAUGGGAAUAAUAAUGGAGAUAAUCGCAUUGGUGAGUCAAGUGGGGCCCACAAGGAGAAGGCGAAAGCGGUCACGGCAACUACGAGAGAGCAGUCAAGUGUCGGUGAGGUUGCGAGCCGCGGUGGUAAUGGUGGUGGUGAGGGGGAGAGUAGCAUUAGUGGGGGUAGUAAGAAGGUAGCUGAGUUAUCUACUGCUCAGAGACAAGAACUACAGAUGAAAAAGGCCAAGUUGAUCAACAUGCUUGAUGAGGUAGAACAAAGAUACAGGCAAUACAAUAGCCAGAUGCAAGUAGUGGUAUCAUCGUUUGAGCAAGCAGCAGGAAAUGGAUCAGCAAAACUGUACACAUCCUUGGCUUUAAAGACGAUAUCUAAGCAAUUUAGAUGUCUUAAAGACACGAUUAUGUCUCAAAUAAAAGGCACAAGAAAGAGCUUAGGAGAAGAGGAUAGUAAUAGUAAUGGGGUGAAACUGGAGUCAGGAGCCGGUUCGAGGUUAAGGUUUGUGGAUCACCAGCUACGACAACAACGAGCCUUACAGCAGCUAGGGAUGAUGCAACAGAAUGCUUGGCGUCCUCAACGUGGUUUGCCUGAACGUGCUGUUUCCGUUCUUCGGGCUUGGCUUUUCGAACACUUCCUUCACCCAUACCCUAAGGAUUCAGAUAAACACAUGCUUGCUAAACAGACAGGGCUUACAAGAAGCCAGGUGUCAAAUUGGUUUAUCAAUGCUCGUGUCCGGCUUUGGAAGCCAAUGGUGGAAGAGAUGUACUUGGAGGAGGUGAAGACUCAAGAGCAGAAGAGUGGUAAUUCAGAGGACAACACAACUAGCGCAAACAAGAACAACAAGUCACCGAAGAAUAUUAAUGACCAGUCCACAACGAAAGAAAGUGUUAUGGAGCAACAACAACAACAUGAGGCUGACCACACCACCAAUGAUAUGAUAUCCAACUUGUCUGCAAUGUCUACAACUUCAUCACAAGGGUUUACUCUAAUUGGGUCAUCAUCAGACAUGGAGUCACUAAUGGCACGAAGCCCAAAGAAACAAAGAAGCAACUCAGAGAUGCAAAACUCUCCAAGUAGCAUCCUCUCCAUGGACAUGGAGCUGAAACCAGUUGAUCAUCAUCAUCAGAGACAUUCUUUCAUGAUGACUAAUCAUGAGGAUGCAGGCACUGGAUUCAACCCUUACCUAGUGAAUGACAUGACAGGGAGGUUUAACCCAGACCAAAUGAAUUCACACCCAUACCAUGGGAAUGGGGUAUCCCUUACAUUAGGUCUUCCUCAUUGUGAGAACCUUUCACUUGGGAAUCACCAGCAGAAUUUCAUCCCAAAUCAGGGAAUCCAAUUGGGAAGGCGCCUUGAUAUUGGAUCUGGAGAUCACCCAGAUUUUUGUGGGAUUAGCAUGGCUCAACCUUCUCAUCCUAAUAAUGGCUUUCAAACUAUUGAUAUCCAAACCCGUAAGAGGUUUGCUGCUCAUCAACUCUUACAUGAUUUCGUUGCUUGACCAUAUAUACUUUCAAUUCCCAUAAACAACAAUCCAAUUAAGCAUUAUUCUUGAUGAACAAGAAAAAUUUGUUGAACAAAAGUUGGUAAAAACAAGCUAAUUAAUUAAGUGGAAUUGCUAUAUAGGUUAUACUUAGGGUUUUAUGUAUAUUAUUAUUGGUACGUACCAAACUAAUAGGAUUAUUAAGUAGCAAAGUAGGCGUUGUUAAUUAAUAUGUUAAUGCAUAUGCCAUUGGAUUAGCUGGAUAUUGAUCAUUAUAUACUUCAGUUUAUGUUGUAAGCUAGAUACAGAGUACUUAAACUUGUAUAUAUGGCUUGUAAUAUAUAGUUUCGGUGAAGUUGGAUAUUCUUAACUUA